CCCGCCCCUCCAGGUGCCGAAAGCUGAAACCGGCAAGUAUGGUGGAUUCCUGUUUUGUCAGCCAGGGUUUGACUGCCCUGGCAGCGUUUUUGCUUUUUCCGAUCGGCAGCCUGGCCGCUAGUCAGAUCGAGGAUCAAGCAGAACAGUUCUUUAGAAGCGGCCAUACGAACAACUGGGCGGUUUUGGUGUGUACGUCCCGAUUCUGGUUUAAUUAUCGCCAUGUUGCAAAUACUCUUUCUGUUUAUAGAAGCGUCAAGAGGCUAGGUAUUCCUGACAGUCACAUUGUUCUGAUGCUUGCAGAUGAUAUGGCAUGCAACCCUAGAAAUCCUAAACCAGCUACAGUGUUCAGUCACAAGAAUAUGGAACUAAAUGUGUAUGGAGAUGAUGUGGAAGUAGAUUAUAGAAGUUAUGAGGUAACUGUGGAGAAUUUUUUACGGCUGUUAACUGGGAGGAUCCCAUCUAGUACUCCUCGGUCAAAACGUCUUCUUUCUGAUGAUAGGAGCAAUAUUCUUAUUUAUAUGACAGGACAUGGUGGAAAUGGUUUCUUGAAAUUUCAGGAUUCUGAAGAAAUAACCAACAUAGAACUUGCAGAUGCUUUUGAACAAAUGUGGCAGAAAAGACGCUACAAUGAGCUACUGUUUAUUAUUGAUACUUGUCAAGGAGCGUCUAUGUAUGAGAGAUUUUAUUCUCCUAACAUAAUGGCUCUAGCUAGUAGCCAAGUGGGAGAAGAUUCGCUCUCGCAUCAACCUGAUCCUGCAAUUGGAGUCCAUCUUAUGGAUAGAUACACAUUUUAUGUCUUGGAAUUUUUGGAGGAAAUUAAUCCAGCUAGCCAAACGAAUAUGAAUGACCUUUUUCAGGUAUGCCCCAAAAGUCUGUGUGUGUCUACUCCUGGACAUCGCACGGAUCUUUUUCAGAGGGAUCCUAAAAACGUCCUGAUAACUGAUUUCUUUGGAAGUGUACGGAAAGUGGAAAUUACAACAGAGACUAUUAGUUUGCAGCCAGAUUCAAGAAUCAUGGAAAGCAGCUAUAAGGAAGACCAGAUGGAUGAGGAACUCAUGGAACCUCUGAAAUAUGCUGAACAACUUCCUGUGGCCCAGAUAAUACACCAGAAACCAAAGCUGAAAGAUUGGCAUCCUCCUGGGGGUUUUAUUCUGGGAUUGUGGGCACUUAUUAUCAUGGUUUUCUUCAAAACUUACGGAAUCAAGCACAUGAAGUUCAUUUUCUAGAUGCAACUGUGUAUGAAGACUGCGUGGAAGACUACAACCUUGGAUAAAAAUUUAUGUCAAUACAUUUUUAAAGAUACAUUGCUCUGUGUGACUUGGCAAAAAGAUAAGGAGACUGUAAAUUUGAAUGUUUUGUAACUUAAGGAAGAAUCAUUGUUAGUGCAAGUGCUAAAUGACACUAAAUAUAUUUCAGUUUUUUCAUUUUGAGUGUUAUUAAAAUAUUGGGACAAAGAGACGAGAAUAUACUCACUGGCUUUUUUUUUGAAAUUUUCCCCUUAUUUUAUCCCCUUUUCAUUUGGGAAAAAAAAAUGUGAAGACAUUAAAUUCUCACUAGCAGGAGUAACUUCUGUUAGUAUUUUUGUGUAUGUUCUUCCAGCCUCUUUCAUAAUUUUUUUCCAAAAUAGAGAACAUACCACAUUGUAACCUCACUUGUCAUUCGCAGUGUGUCGUCAGCCCUUCCCCUCUCCCUGGGUGUUCCCCGGGAACACAUGGUGAAUGGCUGCAUGCUCUCCACUUUAUGAAUGUACCGUGAUUUAUUUAACACUCUUCUGGAAUAGAACCACUUACUUUGCUCCCAAGAUUUUCCUUUAAUGUGUUAAGAGUUUACUGCAGCUAAUCUUGGAAUUCUGCAGCUAAAAUUGUAAGUAAAUAUGAAAAAUUAAUUUCUUAAUCUAUGGUACUGGCAGUCUCCAGGACCUUAUUUACUGUCAGUUUAUGGGGAAAAUGUAAGGCCUUUGCGAAUUUUACCGACUGCUCAAGAAAAAUAAACUCCAUUGUUUUUCAUUUCUAAGCAUUCUGUGAGCAUCUAGAAUUGAUCACCUCCUCUUCGGUUUCCACGUUGAAAAAGAUGUUGUUUCAAUUGUGUUUAAGGUAUAUACCUUCCCCCCUGGCUGGAUCCACACUUUUCCUUGGGCAGUCCCAUAAAAUGGAUGGACUGUGUGAAAACUCCAUGCUUGUGGCCCCGUCUUCAUGUCUGACUGAUGUGUCACAUGAAGCCUUUUUCCUGGUCUGUGACAAGACGCAAGAGCUUGUCUCCCCAACACUGAUUGUUUGCAUCUCACCAGCUGUCUUCGUGUCUGUCUUGUAACUGGGAAUGGUUUGAGAGUGUGCUUUGCUUUCAGCCCAGAUAUUGUUUUUUCACAUAUAAAGGGGAGAAGCCCUGAAAGCUGAGCAUUCAUGUCCCGUGGGAUACUUUCCCGUGUUUAAUCUGUUUUAUCCGGGAGCUUAUGUGUUAAUCUUAUUCACUAUGAAGAUCUGUUUUGUAAUUGUGGAUAACAUUCAGAAGACAACUCUUCCUCCACAAUAAAACCUCCUAAAAUUAA